AUGACGGCAGCAGUCCUGCGUAAUUCUCCAAACCUCGCGGUUCCUCAAACCCAGAACACUGCUCCUGUGCACGAAUUCAACUGCCUCUACACACACGACCUCAGGCGAAAGCAANAGAGAUGGCAGGAUGGCUUUCUACGCUACCACACCUUCAACAAACGUGUCAUGGUCUACGAUGUUCCUAGGAAUUUCCUCGGCGACCUUCACUGGACCAGCGGCGAUGACCUUCAAGAGGGUGAUGAGAUGACUCUCGAGAAAGGCGGCAUCAUGGUCCAAGUUUCUGAAAGAAUAGGCACUAUACAGACAGAUCUCUCGGACCUAUUACAGCGGAAAGACAAGACCCCGGCUAAAAACCCUGCCUCGUCAAGAACAUUAGUGCGCCAUGGACCGCCAUCUGCCGCUGCUUCCUCUGUCACGCCCAGAACCCCUCAUGCUGUUUCGACGACGCCUAUGAAACAUAAGUCUCUUAAUGCUUUGCUUGGAAGGUCAAGACGACCCAUAGGGAAGGCCUCUCUUCCUACAGAAUCUCCUUACGAAGCACGUAUCAGAGAUUUGCAGGCUGCUGAAGCCCAGGACCAAAGAGAACGUAAACGACAGAGGCUUGAUUCUCCAGCUCAGAUAACGCCUAAGACAGCCAAGCGUCGUAAUGAUGCGGUUCAUAAGCAGGCGAACCCUGUCUCUCGUUCGAAUCUGGGAUGUGAAGUCAUCGAUCUUUCUUCCGACACCGACGACAUCUCGGCAGCUCAAGCUGCAAGUCGUGCUAUCGAUGCUGAGUUGUUGGCGACAUCCUCUCCCGCCUGCCUACUUGAGAGCCCUGCCCAUCGACAAGUUGCUUCGAAUCAUUUCCGUCCCGUCGACCGACAGUCUACAGCAGCGAAACCAGCUAUCGUUGAAUCUCCUUCGGCUAGGGCAUCGAAUCGCCCGAGGCAUGCUGAUCCUCCUGCUGUCUCUGACACUGCUCAAUCCAGAAAGGAGACUGGUGUUUCACGUGAGGCAACGAACAAGGGCGUUAAAGAGGUAGCUCAUGAGCCUCUGAGAGGUGGACUUACUGCGGCGGAGUCUGAUUCCCAGAACUCACGUCCGUCAAGCUCUGAGACUGGAACGGAGGGUGCUUCGCACGGCAAGGCUCAAGGUCUGAGACAGGAGAGCAGUCUCGUUCCAGCUAAGGAGCCGGCGAGAAUGGGUGCAAAUCUCACAGCAGAACAACCAGCAGUCGAACAAGAUCCUGAAAACUCGAUCUUUCAGCGCCGUAUCCAGGAGAGACUUGCAAGGAUCGAGAAGAAANAGAAGAAACCCAGCUUGCAAAGAAGUUCUUCAGAUGUGACUGAGCAGCGUCCUGUUGUGGAAAAGACUACCAGUAACACUGGCCUGAGGAAGACCACUUCUGCUGUUAUGUCUCGACUUGACUCACCUGAGAAUCCCUUGUUAGAUGACUUUCAAUUCGCAGACGUUGGUCCCUUGGACUUCGAUGACCCUAUCAUCGACGACUCUAUUCCCCAGCCGCCUACACGACCAAGCAGAGAGCCAAUCGAGAAACCCACAAGGCCGACUGGUAGAGGGACUAGUACGAUCUCUGCAAGGUCAUUCAAGCCUCUGACUGUCAAAGCGGCCCCUGUGGUAAGCACAAGAACGGCUCAAAUUUUGGCCACGGAACAGAAANAGAAUGAAGAUACUGGACCGUGGAGUAAAGAGGCAUUCGAUCUGAUGGAUUGGAGGCCACCGAACAUGCAAACUAAGACCAACGAGACAACAUGA